AUGGAGCUGCUGUCCAACCGCCCGGCGCACGCCUCCGUGCCGGACAAGUACGUCUUCCCGCCGGAGAAGCGCGCCGCCCUGCUCGACGACGCGCCCGGCUCCGACGUCGCGCUCCCGGUCGUCGACCUCCAGCGCGCCGCCCUCUCCGAUCCCGGCCGCCGCCGCCUCGUCGCCGAGGAGAUCGUCAAGGCCGGCAAGGAGUUCGGCUUCUUCCAGGUGGUGAACCAUGGCGUGGCGGAGGACGUGGUGCGGGGGUUCCGUGAGGCGUCGGCGGAGUUCUUCGCGAUGCCGGCGGAGGAGAAGCUGCCCUACUGCUCCGACGACCAGAGCAAGCCCUUCCGCGUCGCCUCCAGCACCUCCUACGACCGCAACCAGACGCGCUACUGGCGUGACUACCUCAAGCUGCGGUGCCACCCGGUAUCCGACGAGCUCGUCGGCCACUGGCCGGCCAAGCCGGAGAGCUUCCGGAGCUCCCUCGCCGAGUUCUCCGCACAGGUCCACGAGCUGGCGCAGACGCUGCUCCUGCUCAUCGCCGAGGGGCUGGGCCUCGACGGCGGCUUCUUCGCGGGCGACCUCAGCAGCGGGGACACGCAGAUGAACGUCAACUACUACCCGCCGUGCCCGGACCCGAGCGUCAGGCUGGGCCUGCUCCCGCACUGCGACCGCCACCUCCUCACUGUGCUCUCCCAGGGCGACGUCGCCGGGCUCCAGGCCAGGUACCGCGGGCGGUGGAUCCUCGUCCGCCCGGUGCCCGGCGCCUUCAUCAUCAACUUCGGGCACCAGAUGGAGAUCGUCACCAACGGCGUGCUGGCGAGCGUGGAGCACCGCGCCCUCACCAACUCCGCCGUGGCCAGGAUGUCCGUGGCGACGCUCAUCAUGCCCAAGAUGGACUGCCUUAUCGGCCCGGCGCCGGAGAUGGUGAGCGAGGAGAAUCCGGCCAAGUUCAGGGAGUUCGUGUUCAGGGAGUUCAUGGCGGCGUACGACACCGCAGCUGCUAGCAGGGAGGACGUGCUGGAGUACUUCAGGAUCGAAGAUCACUAG